GCUAGGUUGUUUACAACCUUAGUCAUUUAUCACAUCGUUCUUUAAUCAAGCCACACCAAAAUUUUAAUAUAACUGUCUCAAUACCCAGAAAAUGUUUUAUAAUGACACCUUAGUCUGUUUCUGUACAAUAUUGGACCAAGUAGUUCAACAAUUUUACAAUCCAGUCAUUUGCGCUUUGGAAAAAUGGUUGGCUUGAUUAUGGAGGGUCCGCUGUAGUCCAGUAAGACCCAAUAUCAGGACGGUUCUGAUCAUCUUUGUUUCUCGCAGAAACCUGCCACGACUGGUGAAAAUCAUCAUCCCUUCCGUCAUGGUCAUCUACCUGCUUACUGUGACGUCAUACUUCACUGUACUUACAGAGGAGGAGAUGGUUGGAGCUCAUUCCUUUGGUGUGUUAUGGGGGAGAAAAGCACUUGGAAAAGCAGCUUUCAUCAUUCCUAUAGGUGUCGCUAUGGUGGCGUUAGGAAACGCCAAUAACACUUUUCUUUCUUCUGGCAGACUAUCCCAGUUCUCCGUUCAUGAUGGCUACAUACCGGAUGUCUUGUCGUUUGUUCAUGUAAAAACCAAAGCACCACUUCCGGCAAUCAUAUUGCGCGCGGUGAGUGGUGUAGUGAUUGCCCUGGCGGUGGACGUGUCACAGAUGGUGCGUUUCUGGGUGUUUACCGUGUGGUUAUUCCAUGGACUUGCGGUUGGUGGACUGCUUAUCAUGAGGAUCCGAAAACCACACCUAGACAGACCAUAUAAAGUUAACAUAAUCAUUCCGUUCCUGGUGACCUUAGGCUCGGUCUAUUUAAUCUUGGCGCCCUUCAUUGCGAACGAGCCCCGACCCGAGUUCAUCUUUUCCCUGUGUCUGGCCGCCCUCUCGAUGCUGUGCUACUUCCCAUUCGUACGCUGGAACUGCAGCGAACAUAUGAGUGGUGGCAAAUUCACAGACAAACUUACAGUUUUUCUUCAGCUGUUUUUGAACGUUUCACCAUUUAUCAAGCGGUACAAGCGGAGGUUACGUACUAAACGCCGCCACGGACCUGCUACAGUGAGCCCUGUUGUCCCGGAUAAGCCGGUUGUGCAAGAACCUAGUUCUCCAUCCUCGGACAUGCCUUUCUCUGACACCAUGUCCAUUUUUACUAUUGACACUAUAGAUGAUCUCGACGAUACAAUGACUGUUGAUGACCGGGAGUCGGUUGUUUCAUUCAAUACUAACUAUUCUUACCGAACAAACCUGUCGUUCCGGACGCGAUCUUCAAGUUCCAGUUCUCGACCACCACCGUAUGAAGAGGCCAUUGAAAUAACAAAACUCUGACACAAGCUUAAAUUUUGACC